CUUCCCUCCGCCUUCCAUUGCACCCUCCGCUCUGCCCACCUCGGACAUUCGUCUCGCCUUCUCCACUACCUCUCGUCACGGCUGCCCGUCAUUCCAUCCCUUUACGCCUGCCCACCGCCCGCCCCGCCGUCAGCGCUCUGGCUACGUGCUUCACCCUCGUCAUCGUCCGCGUCGUUGCCGACGCCUCAUCGCUGUAUUGAUCGUCGCGCGGCCGCAACACCACGAGCAACCAAAGCGAACGACAAUGGCAAGAUAGCCCCCAACCCUCUCCUACGUCCUCGUUAUCCGUCCCGCCGCGCGACACUGGCGCAAAAUUCACGCGUUCCCAACGCGGUCCUGAACUUCCACCCCACGAAGCGCGAUGUUCUGCGUAUGAUCGUCCCGCAUGUCUUCCUCGAGAGCGCACCUGCGAGGAGCGUCCUCGUGCGGCAGGCGGGGUGUCCGCUGGAGGCCCAUCCUGGCUACAGCCAUUGAAUCGCUCGUAUCCCGUCUCAUCAUUUCUUUAUCUGUAUCGUUGUUGUAGUAUGUCUCGUACUCUUCGUUACCGCUGCGCCCCUCUCACAUGUCGUCAUUGUAUACGUUUCCUCUCUCGAUCAGUCCCCCAACGCGCUAGGUUCAGUCGUUGCUCGUCCCUCAUCCCGUAUGCCCUUUUCCUCUGCAAUGUAUCAUAUACUACCAUAGAGAAGACUUGACGAAGGAUAGUGUCCUGUCUAAUGUACCACGGCCAAAUAUUAUUUGCC